GGUUCUGUUCGGCCGUACGCCCGCCGUCUCCGCUGAGCGCUGACUCUCCUCUUCUCAUUUCAUCGACGGAAGAAAAUCUGAGAUUUCCGACAGUCUAAUCAAAAAAUGUCGACAGGAAUAUCCACAAAUCUCCACCUCCAAGCUCCGAGUCUCUCCAGAACCUACAAAUCCGGUUCCAGCAAUAGAAAGGUGUCUUUUUCCAGAGUUCGGUAUGCGCAGAACAAGAAAUUCAGCUGCAGUUUAUCCAACACUGAGAAUGUUGCUCCAAAUGAUGAUGAAAGAGAAAAGGUCAGACCUCUGGUUAAGAUGUGCGGCAUCACAUCAGCCCGAGAUGCUGCUAUGGCAGUUGAAGCUGGUGCUGAUUUCAUCGGGAUGAUCAUCUGGCCGCAUUCAAAAAGAUCCAUUUCUCUUUCUGUUGCAAAGGAUAUCUCCAAAGUGGCGAGAGAAGGUGGGGCCAAACCUGUUGGUGUUUUUGUUGAGGAUGAUGAGAGCACCAUACUGAGAGCUGCUGAUGCCUCUGACCUUGAGCUUGUGCAGCUUCAUGGUAAUGGUUCGCGUGCUGCUUUCUCGGGAUUAGUACGCGAAAGGAGAGUCAUAUAUGUCCUUAAUGCAAGUGAGGAUGGAAAGCUCCUGAAUGAAGUUCCUGAACAGGAUAGUCAUCUCGCUGAUUGGAUUCUUGUGGAUAGUGCAACGGGUGGGAGUGGAAAAGGAUUUAACUGGUCUCAGUUCAAGUUACCCUCCAUCAGAAGCAGAAAUGGGUGGCUCUUAGCUGGAGGAAUCAAUCCAAAAAACGUUUCAGAAGCUCUUUCUAUCCUUCAACCUGAUGGAAUUGACGUUAGCAGCGGUAUUUGCGGUACUGACGGCAUCCAGAAGGAUCAGUCUAAGAUAAGUUCCUUUAUUAUUGCAGUUCGCUCUGUACAGUAUUAAUGGCUAGCAUCUAAGCCAAGGUAUUUUUUCUUGUAACCAUAUCAAACUGUUGUUUCCAUGUCAUUGUGUUUGGAAUUGUAAUUGGCUGAUAAAAAUAAUAGAUUCAAAUUCUA